AUGUCGACAUCUUGGGGUGCCAGUAUCGAGAGUUUCCACCUCAGGAGAUCUCCCGCUGAGCGUGAGCCACUGUGGAUAGAAAAUGUCAUGGAAUGGAUUGGAGCUGAUCACCGAGACACGGCACUAUGGGAAAACUCACAGAUAAAAUGGGGACAUCGGAACAUAUCCGACUACACCGUCUCCCUCGCCAACAAUACGUACGUGGUUAGCCAUAUCAACACGGAGACACUACCAGCGCCAAAGAUGAAGCACAGGGAUAUCAUAGUUGACAACUGGAAAGCGGCUGGAGGAGAGCUAGCUUCCCUUCGGAAAAUCGCGGUUACCUUCAUCACCAACCACGAAGCCUAUGAAUGCAUUGAGAAUGCCGAUCCCAAUAGCCCGGGUUGGCGCGCACUUAUCACAGGAAAUCCGUUCUUGGAAGGCCAGAAAAAGAUGCUCAGAGAGUACAGACAAGAAUUCAACCGCGCCAGGAUCGAAAGGGUGACCGUCGCAGCCCACGAGAAGUCAGACAUGAUCGACAUGUAUCUCUUCAACUUAGUGACACACCUCGUACGUCCUUCAGGGAAUUCCCAGGACGACGACCCGGAACCAGAGCCGGAGCCAGAGCAGUCGCCACCGAUCUCGACGCAUGAUUACUUCCAUCAACAGUUUCCACAGGGGACAUGGUUUUCUGAUUGGAAUAAUCGUCAUUACUAG